AUGGAUGGUGUUGAUGACCUUUGUGAUCGUCACUUUGUUGAGCAUAAUAAAAGAACUUCGCGAGUUCUCCAUGAACCAUGCUUACGUGAAAUAUCUUAUUUUGCUAGGUGGUUUCAUCCCACUACUUCUCUUUCUAUUCGUGAAGAAGCUUCAAAUGCACUGUCUCAUUGUUCGCAUACUGCUUGGAUUAACAGUUACAAUGUG